AAAGUCCAUAAUACACAAUUGGCUGAUGUCCUCAUCAAUCCAUAUGGCCAUUUUCCGCAUAUGUUAUUACGUAUCUGUCCAGAAAUCAAGUAUUAACACUAACCAUAUUGUAUUCAUUUAGCAUAUUUUGACUAUGCUUUUUCGAUUCAUUUGUCUCUAAUUUUUGUUGGAUGUUCACCUUGUUUUAAUCUCAUGAAUGGAUUUGGUAUGUCUGAAUUUAAUAUAUGCAUUAAAGCAAUUUCUUUUUUCCUUUUUAUUUUAUUUUUGGAUAACUAAUUAGAAUUAGAAACCAUUUCAAGUUAUGGAACACAAGUAUGCAGCUUCAAUUACGUAAUUCAAAAAUAUUUUUCCCUUAAUUUGCUUACAUGUUGUUGAUACAAUUUCCAAUCUUGUGUCAAUUUAUGUUUUUUUGAAGUUCUUAAGAUGAUGUAAGAAUUUCCAAAUAGAGAAGGAAUCAUAGCCCAUUUCUAGCCCCUUGUCCAUAUGCAAUGCUCUCAUCUUGGUUCUCAUGUGACGUGCAGUAAGCCAGCAUUUCUUGGGCAAUAAUUCUAUUUUCAGAAGCAUGAAUCCAGCACUGAACACAACAUCUCCAGAAUUGAAACUGGCUUUGACGGGAAGUGCUAAAGGAGGUACAAUUGGACCGCCUCUUGGUAUUAUUGACAUAGGAGAAAGUGAAAGUGGAUACCUUUUCCGAGUUGCCCUUCCGGGUGUGAAAAGUAGUAAUUUGAAGUGUGAUAUACACACAGACGGAAGUGUGCGCAUUGAGGGAUUUGUAUCAGAUGCUCAAAAUUUAAAGUAUGAAUGGAAGAACUAUGAAAUGAAACUACAAAAUCUCUGCCCAGCUGGCCCUUUCACCAUAUCUUUUAAUUUGCCUGGAACAGUGGACCCCAGAUUAUUUUCCCCAUGUUUUCGACCAGAUGGUAUCCUGGAGGUUGUGGUACUAAAAUCAAGAGCUUCUCCUGUGUCAUCUUAAGGCUCUUGAAAAGUGGUAUGAUAGCUUGUAGACACAUUAAUAAGUUCUCAAAGAUUUCUUAAUUUAAUUUUUGUUAGCAAACUAAACUGUUACAAGACUAGCAGUUUCACUCUGCUUUUAAUGGAAGGUGUUUCCAUUGAAUCGUACUCAAUAUUGCUGUUUGCUUUUGAGCACCAAAUGGUGCAAUGAUUGUUGUUUCUUUGGCUUCAUCUUCAAUCUGAUCUAGGAGUCACGUAUAAUCUUUUUGUACUUUAAUUAUGUAGUUCAUAAUCUUUAAAAGUUGGGUUAGAUCUGUCUAUAGUAAUUUAGGUAAUGAAAUCAAAUAAAGAUGGAACAUUGGCAAAUUCUCGAAGUCUUGACAUGGUGGCUGAACUUGUCCAGGAAAUCUGAUUUCCUGGAAUUGUCUAAUGGAAUGUUCUCCAUUUACUACAUUUUUGUCAAAAGAUAAGACAAAUAUAAGAGAGAAAUUUUCUUGCUUUUGUAAUCUAUACUUUCGGUAAAGUGAAUAAAUCCCAUGGAGAAUUUGGCUACAUUUGAGCUAGUAAGUAGAACUAGCUCCUUUCUUUACUUGAACUUUAAGGAGUAAAUAUUGAGGGUAACUUAGGGAAAGAUUCUUUUGAAGAAUACAGCAACUAACUAUGGCUCUUGGCCCAAACAACGUCCUAGGUGUAGGGGAGAUCUUUAAAUGCAUAUUUGGUACACAAUUACAAGGAUUUAGCUUCUCUCUCUCUCUCUCUCACUUUUUCUUACAAUAUUAUCUAAUCCUCCAUAUUAAACAUGCCAUAACUACUUUCCACCAUGACAUGGAAGAGCUUGACACUUCAUGUUACGUAAAUUAUGUGUUGAACAUGAGAUAUAUCAGUAUCACAUUUCAGGUUUCUUCUUGGUAGAAUCUUUUACACCAGAUCUGAUGUAAUCGUGACUUAAUUCAUGUACUUGUAGGACCAUUUAAAGAUAGAUUAGGGGUUGAUCGAGACUCAUUGUCGCAAGGGAUUAGUCAGAUGGUCUUAUUGGGAA